AUGGACUUUUCUAAACCUGUUGACGCAGCUUUCACCAAGGCUCUGCCUAAGGUCGAGGUACACGCUCAUCUCAACGGCAGCAUUAGUCGCCAGUGUCUGCACGAGAUAUGGUUGAAGAAGAAGGCUCAAGACCCCGAGUUCGACGUAGAAGAUCCUCUGGUGGUGAUCCCACCAGGCAAGGUGGACUGUUCCCUUCAAACCUUCUUCCAAACCUUCUCCCAAUCCAUCUAUCACCUCUGCAACGAUCUAGAGAGCCUACGAUAUGCCACCCACUCCGUUCUCAAGGACUUCCUCGCCGAUGGCGUCCGCUACCUCGAACUCCGCACCAUCCCGCGUGCCUCAUCAGCAGCUUCCUUCUCCAGGGAAGAAUACGUAUCUACCAUCAUAUCCACCAUUGACGACUUCCAGUCUACGCACCCGGGUCAAAUGCCCACCUAUCUCAUCCUCGCCAUUGACCGCGGGCACAGCGACUCCGCCGACGCCCUGGAGAUCAUUGACCUAGCCAUCGCUCACUCACAGCACGUCGUCGGCGUCGACGUCUGCGGGAACCCAGCCCGCGGCGAUGUGAGUCUCUACCGCGACGCUUUCGCUAAGGCCAAGGCGGCCGGUCUGGGCAUCACGGUGCAUUUCGCCGAGACGCCCGUCUCCGGGUCUCCGAACGAGCUGGAGACGCUGCUGUCCUUCCGUCCGGACAGGCUGGGCCAUGUCAUUCAUGUGCCGGAGGAUUUCAAGCGAGAGAUUGCGCGCCGCCGGCUGGGGUUGGAGCUGUGCAUGUCAUGUAAUGUGCAUGCGGAGAUGAUCGAUGGCGGGUUCCCGAACCAUCAUUUUGGGUAUUGGAGGCAUGUGGAUUGUCCUGUGGUGCUGUGUACGGAUGAUAUGGGCUUCUUUUGCAGUCCCGUCAGUAACGAGUACAUGCUAGCCGCGGAGCACUUCCAUCUCAGUCGCGAGGAGGUCUUGAGCCUGAGCCGAGAGUCAGUGGAUGUCAUCUUUGGCGGACAGGCUGAGAAGGAGCGUAUGCGCGGGCUUCUUCUCGACUUUGAGGAGAUCUACAAGUCAUAA